CAAAAGGCGGCAGUUCAUCCUGGUCUUGGUUGUCGUCUGAGAAAUUUUUUCCCAAUACUAUAAUCAACGUGCAUUUGUUUUCUUGUUCUAAACCAAAUGAUGAUGAUGAACAGUAAUUUAAUCAGCUCAGUAGAUACAUUAAUAGUAUGACAAAAAUCCAUCCAAUUAUGGUUUUUUUCUAAUCAAAUUUUAACACAGUCGUCAAUUUCACACCUAUCCAAAUCAACCUGUAGCCUUCGUCCCCUUGUUGCCGUCCCAAUAUUCUAUCAUCCAAUUCCCUCCCGAAUAUUCAAUCCUCAUAAAUUCAUCACCAAAAACCCUUCUCUAUAAAUUCACGUUCACACCAGAAAACCCAAGAAACUGCUGCCAAUGCAACUCAUUUUGACAGUAGUUUUAUCGGUUUGAAGUGUUUUUCUUUGUUUGGACUGGAAAAGGAGGAAAACCCAGCUGGGGAAAAAUGAGGAAGAGGCCGUAUAGGAAUGGGGAGAUAUGGGAUUUUGAAGCUGAAAUGGAGCUGAGUAAUAAUGAUAGUCGUUAUAGGCAACAGGCUGUUAUACUGGGUUUGGAUGGUGGAACCACCUCCACUGUGUGUGUUUGCAUACCCUUCAAUUACACUUGCACUGAUAAUAAUGUUAAUAGUGAGGAUGGCCCUUUGCCGGAGCCUCCUUCAGUCCUCGCCCGGGCUGUAGCCGGCUGCUCGAACCACAAUAGUGUUGGCGAAACUGCUGCAAGGGAGACAUUAGAGAGAGUUAUGGCAGAAGCUCUUCUAAGAUCAGGUUCAACUCGUUCUGCUGUCUUAGCUGUUUGUCUUGCAGUAUCUGGUGUUAACCAUCCAACGGAUGAGUACCGAAUAUUAAGUUGGCUCAGACAAAUAUUCCCCAGCCAUGUAAGGUUGUUUGUCCAGAAUGAUUCGGUGGCAGCUCUGGCAAGUGGCACAAUGGGAAAGCUUCAUGGAUGUGUCCUAAUUGCUGGUACUGGAACCAUUGCUUAUGGCUAUACAGAAGAUGGGAGGAAGGCUCGGGCAGCUGGUGCAGGACCUGUCCUUGGUGAUUGGGGAAGCGGCUAUGGUAUUGCUGCACAAGCAUUGACAGCAAUUGUAAGGGCUCAUGAUGGCCGUGGUCCACAUACAGCACUGACAAAUUGUAUUCUACAUGCCCUUGAUCUAUCUUCACCAGAUGAACUUAUUGGGUGGACAUAUGAAGAUCCAUCUUGGGCUCGAAUUGCUGCUCUUGUUCCAUAUGUGGUCUCUUGUGCAGAGGCAGGUGAUCAAGUGGCAAAUAGAAUCCUACUGGAUGCAGUUCAAGAGUUGGCCUCAAGUGUCAAAGCAGUUGUUCGGAGACUGGGGCUCUGUGGUGAAGAUGGAACAGAUCAUUUUCCUCUUGUUAUGGUUGGUGGUGUUCUUGAAGCAAAUAAAAGAUGGGAUAUUGGAAAAGAAGUAAUAAAUUGUAUAUCUAAAGACUUUCCUGGUGCUGUUCCCAUCCAUCCAAAGGUGGAACCAGCAGUUGGUGCUGCAUUGCUUGCUUGGAAUUUUUUGAUAAGACAAAGUCGAAAGGAUGCUAUCAGAAGUUGAUUACUGAAGAUUUCAAGUUGUACAGUAGCAAGGAUAAAUGGGGGAAAAAAAAAAGAGGAAAAGCACCCCCCCCAAACAAAAAAUGCACAGUAGUGACUUAUUGCUUUCAUUUUUCACACUGUCAUAUUGUGAAAUUGUGUUAUCAUAGUUGUCAUACUAAUUUGGUUUUCGAAUUUUUUUUUGGGAUCUUUAGUCUCGUUUUUGUGUGUUAUCCACUAUAGGGUUCUAUUGUUAUUAGCCGGGUUCUCAUGUCAGAAGUUGUGAAGAUUGAGAUUCUUGGAAUAAGCAUAUUUCCUUUCUGGCUGGUGUUUCCUACUCUUA